ACCAGGAUGCCCUGCAGUGGUCCCAGCUCAUGGUAAUAGAUAAGAAAGCUAUUCACUUUUAAUCAGCAGGAGAACUAGAAAGAGAGUAAAAGUGCUGCUGAUUUUUUUUUUUCUCCCCAGACGGAUGACUGCGAAAUUUGCUGUUCACUUUGAUUUCAGGGAGAAAAAAUAGUCUUUGAAUGUUUGACAAAAAACUCACUUUUAAAACAAAAAGACUUUAUACAUUUAUAUUUUUAACAACAAAAACAAAGCCCUAUCUGAUCCCAUUUGAUAAACCCAGAGACAGUUUGGAAGGAUUUUUUUUUUCAAACUGAACUGAUGCCAGUUCCGUAAUCGUGUGUGAAAUCAAGUCCCGUGUUGAUAAUGAAUACUACACCCUGUGUGCUUACAUUUCAGCCUGUGCUGGUUAAUACCACUGAGGACUUCAAUGACUCAAUCCUCCUCAGCAACAGGAACAGCAAUGGAUUUUGUGAGCAAGUCUUCAUUAAAGCCGAGGUCUUCUUGACAUUAGGGAUCAUCAGCCUGCUGGAAAACAUCCUCGUAAUCCUUGCGGUGCUGAAGAAUGGAAACCUACAUUCCCCCAUGUACUUUUUCCUGUGCAGCUUGGCAGCGGCAGACAUGCUAGUGAGCAUGUCAAAUGCCCUGGAGACUAUCAUGAUUGCAAUCCUGAGCAAUGGCUACUUGAUCAUUGAUGACCACUUUAUUCAGCAUAUGGACAAUGUCUUUGACUCAAUGAUCUGUAUCUCUUUGGUAGCCUCAAUUUGCAACCUCUUGGUUAUAGCUAUUGACAGGUACAUUACUAUUUUCUACGCUCUUCGUUAUCACAGUAUCAUGACUGUAAAGAAAGCCUUAGCUCUGAUUGUGGUUAUUUGGAUUGCUUGCAUAAUCUGCGGCAUCAUGUUCAUUGUCUACUCGGAAAGCAAAACUGUCAUUGUCUGUCUCAUCACCAUGUUCUUUACCAUGCUUCUUCUCAUGGCCUCCCUUUAUGUUCACAUGUUCUUGUUUGCACGCCUGCAUGUUAAACGGAUUGCAGCCCUCCCAGUGGAUGGGGUUCCUCAUCAGCGGACCUGUAUGAAGGGGGCUGUGACAAUCACUAUAUUACUUGGGGUCUUCAUUGUUUGUUGGGCACCUUUCUUCCUUCAUCUCAUCCUCAUCAUUUCUUGCCCCACAAACCCACACUGUGUUUGCUACACCUCACACUUCAACACAUAUUUGGUCCUGAUUAUGUGCAAUUCAGUCAUCGACCCCCUAAUUUAUGCUUUCCGGAGUCUGGAAAUGAGAAAGACGUUCAAAGAGUUAGUAUGUUGUUGUUAUGGCAUGAGUGUGGGACGGUGCAUUCUGUAAAUGUCCAGUUUUGUAUUUGGUAUGGAAAGGGUAUACACACACUGGGUGUAUGUAUCUAAACUGAAUCAGCAGCUCCACAUUACAGCCUGUGAAGGAAGGAAGGGUACAGAAAAAAUAAAAACAAUAAAAAGAGAGAUUUUACUUGAUGUCUUUAGAAAGUUUUUCAAAAGGAAAAAGGGAAGGCGAUUUAUCAUUUGCUGUUGCUUACACGGUGAUAACAGAAGUGAAGCCAGAGCGUUCUGCAAAAUAGCUCAGAGUUCAAUCACUCUGAAAAAAUUAAUCUAUUAAGUAAAUGCUAUAUUAGACAGACUAAUGUAAUAUUCUCUUUACCCUAGUGUUUUAUUUUUAUGCCAUUGUCAACCAAGUCCGUAUAAUCUAAAGAGGCUAUCUUGAGUGAUAGCUACUGAAAGCUGUUCAUUUCUAAGAGGAAUCAGAAAACUGACAAGUAACAACGUGUUGUAGGUACCUUCACAAACAUCUAAACAAUCCAAAGAAAGGACUAUAUUGACACUUGUGCUGUUGCUUGUAAAGCAACUUAAGAGAAUCUUUAACUGAUGAAAGCAAACAUUUCACCUGAGAUGCUGAAAUAUUCCUUUAAGAAAACCAACGCAAUUACAUAUUGUUUAAGCAACAGUGUGAACUAAUCAACUCACUGCUAAGUUAAAGUGGUGUGAUCUAACUAAGCAUUUAUACUCUUAUCUGUGGUGUAUGGACAUCAUAUCACUGAAGUAACUUUGUAAUUAUAAUAUGUUGAGAAAUGUAUUGUUAGAUCAAUAAAGAAAAUCACAGAAAGUCACCUUUUGAUGAGAAGGUACCAAUUAGAUCUACUACUAGAGGGUUUCAAAGAAAACUUGGAAUGAAACCUAGAAAACAGCUAAAAUACAUUGCACUUUGACUUAGCUUUUGUCUUAUGCUGAGAAGUAAAUGGAAACAGACUUUUUACAGACAGCAAUUUGACUGGGAAAAACAUUUGUCAGAAAUAAAAUGUGGAGGUAAAAUACAAUCUUCUUGGGGUGACGGAUAUGGACAGUGGGACUGCUUUGCUUUGUGCUUAGACUGGCUGUACAUUGGUGUAAAUGCAUUGACUUCAGUGGAAUGACUCCUGCUGAUAUGGAAGGAAAAAUCAAAUCCACUGUUUGCAUAACUUUUUCAAACAUUCUAUGUGCAAGCUGGCAGCCUUUAAAAAUGUGAAGCAUGCUUUAAACUACAAUAUUUAAAAGUGGCCUGUGUUUUUCAUAGAAGCAAAACGUAUAAGUGACCUUCAAAUAGUGUAUGUCAUUGAACGUACAUUGUAAGUGUUUUCUAUAUACUAUGAUGGACAGGCAAUAUGGACAGACAAUUCUAGAUGUGAAAACACUGAAUCAUGCUGAAAUUUUAUAUUACCUUUUGGUUCCUUUCAAAUACUUUCUUACUGUAAAAAUCAAGAACUAUAGGCAAAUAGAAACUGUAUACAAGGCAUAUGCAAAUAAACUCUGUUAUAUAUUCUCUUCAGACAUUUCAGAAUCUAUUGAUUUGCCUCUUAGGAACCAAUUUGCUUUAGUCUCAAAACACUUCAUUAGUUUGUUUGUUGUUUCCUGGAACAUUUUGCUGUCAUUUAUAGUGCUCUUGUCUAGGUUAUUUAUUUGAUCACUAUAGGCACUCAGCAUCCAAUGACCUCUGAAAUAUUACGAUCUUUGUAAGUGUUUUCUUAGUUUAACUUUGUCUUAUCUUUGCAAUGGCUGCUGCGUCAUACUGAGGCCUUGGCUACACUUACCAGCUAGUUCGACGGCUGGAAAUCGAAGUUCUGGGUUCGACUUAUCGCGUCUAGUCUGGACGCGAUAAGUCGAACCCGGAAGUGCUCGCCGUCGACUGCGGUACUCCAGCUCGGCGAGAGGAGUACCGCGGAGUCGACGGGGGAGCCUGCCUGCCGCAUGUGGACCAAGGUAAGUUCGAACUAAGGUACUUCGACUUCAACUACGUUAUUCACGUAGCUGAAGUUGCGUACCUUAGUUCGAAUUAGGGGGGGUAGUGUAGACCAAGACUGAGACCAGCUGGCACAACUCAAACUAAACUUUCUCAGAAAAUGGGAACAUUGUUGUUAAUAUUCCUAACACUAGCCUAUUCUGUGAAACUUUAUGUUCUAUAGCUUGAUUCGUUAUGAUAUUCUGCCUCAGAUUAGUGUGGGUUAAGCUCUUAUUGUACCUGAUGUACCUUUUCCUUUUAAACUGAUUGUUGGUGACACUCAUUUAAUUUGUACUAUGCUUUGCCUCUGACAGUCUGAAUAAAGGCCUUUUUGAAUUUGCUGACCAAAAAACUUACCUGUUGA